CCUUCCCAUAAUCCCUUCCUUCAUUUUGUUUUCCGCCAUAGCUAUCGUUUUUCGCCGGCCUGUUGUUCGGUAACGGUUUUACUUUGACGAUUGUACUCCGGAAAUAUUGCCGCAACCAUGUCGGACAAGAUAGACAUGUCGUUAGACGACAUCAUCAAGCAAAAUAGGAGCAGUUUUCGAGUGGGUCGCGGCCGUGGAGGCGGUCGUGGAGGAGCCCGGGGAAGAGGCACUUUUGCCGGACGCGGUUCCACACGUGGAUUUUCUUCUGGAGGUGCAAUCAGAGCACGAACGAACCGCGGAAGAGUACGCACACAACCUUACACCAGGCCCAAAGAGUUGCCAGACCGGUGGCAGCACGACAUGUACACGGAAACAGGAGUUGUCCGUCGGUCAGUCGCCGGUGGAGGAGCUGCUGCAGUGGCCAAGCUCCUCGUGUCCAAUCUGGACUACGGAGUGUCGGACGCUGACAUUAAGGAAUUAUUUGCCGAAUUUGGUCCCCUCCGCAAGGCCGCAGUCCACUACGAUAGGUCGGGGCGGUCGCAUGGGACUGCGGACGUCGUCUUUGAGCGCAGAGCAGACGCAGCCCGUGCGUUGAAGCAGUACAACGGUGUUCCGCUCGAUGGUCGACCGAUGAAGAUAGAACUGGUGAGCGGGUCGGGGCUCGCGUCUUCUCCAUCCGCAGCGUCCAGACUUGGCUACGGCGCAGGUGGCGGGCAGCCAGUGGGACAGCGCGGAAGAACAGGAAUGAGGGGCCGUGGAAGAGGCAGGGGACGCGGCGGAAUGACCAGGAAAGUUCCUACCGCGGAAGAGCUCGAUGCGGAGCUGGACGCCUACGUGAACAAGAUGGAGUGAUGAUACUGCGGACUGGUUUUCCAUUUUGGGGAAGACGUUUUCGUCCUCCAAUUCUCCGGAGAGGCCGGAUAUAGCAGCGCGGAAAGGAGUGUUUUUGUUUUAGCAACGUUCAUCACAUCAGCUCAUUUCUCCCGUUGUUUUCGUUGUCUGCCAAAGUCUCACGGCAGCUUUUUUUUUCUCUCUCUCCUCCCAGCAUCGUUCUGUCAAACACCACGUCCCCGAUUCAUGCUUGUGUAUAAAGAAAAUUAAAGUGGUCACCAAAAGAC